GAUCACUAAAGGCUAAAGUCGUUUUUUUUACUGUGCUGUGUUUCUUGAUGUAUUUUCAUUUGUCCGGUGUGCCGAAGAAGGCUCUAAGCCGAAACAUUCUCGUUAUCGGACCAGGUCACAGUCACAGCUGGUAACGCUGAAAAAGGAAAUCUUAUCUUCUUCAAUAAUUCUUUUUAAAAAAAUGCCCGGGUCCAAGGCCAAGAGUUCUGGGAAAGUUUUAACUUUACCACUGACGAUUUCGGAUUUAAACUUUGAGGAGGACGCGAAAAAAAUCUUAGAACAUAUUCGUCCUAAUUGGAAAGGAACGGAAAUUAAUUUCGAAGUGAGUUUUACUUUAUUUUAAUUAGCCUCAGCCUAAUAAAUAAUCAGUAAAUUAUUAGCUGUCGACCCGAGGUUUCCCAUCAUGGCCGCCAUCUUGGUUGACACAACAAAUGAAGUCACGUGAAGUGUCAACCAAGAUGGCGUUAAAAAAUUAGUGCAAAACACGUUAUGAAUCGACUGGGGAGGGGAGAGUGGGGGGCGGGGGGUGUACCUAGCAAAACCAUGGACCUACGCCUGCGUACACCGGGGGGGGGUGGGUGUACCUAGCAAAACCAUGGACCUUGGCCUGCGUACACCGCGGGGGUGUACCUAAAAAAACCAUGGACCUUGGCCUGCGUACACCGCGGGGGUGUACCUAGCAAAACCAUGGACCUAGGCCUGCGUACACCGUGGCGGUGUACCUAGGAAAGCCAUGGACUUAGGGCUUGCUACACCGCAGCAAAAAUGUACCAUUGGCCUGGUUUUAAGAUAUGCCAGUUAGAAAAGAUCUUGUGUGGUCCACAACUGUGGUCUUGUGGUAUGGUAGACGCUAGGCGAUGUUAUAUUUUGUGAUCAAUUCCCAGUUGGUGAUUGAGUUUUUAUAUCUUUUUCUCAAUUUUAAUUAAAAAUAUUUUAUAUUUAAAUUAUUAUAUUCAUUUGCAACAGUAGUUUCAUGAGAAUUUUAACAAUAUUUUGUAGCAAUUUAUUAAACAUAUUAUAUUCAGAUCAUUAAUCAGUUUCAACAAGUUGUGCCGGCCUUUGACUUUGAAAAUACCGGUAAUAAGACAUUAGAAAACAAACUGAAAGCGCAUGUAUAGUGUAUGUAACAUGUAUAAAGGAACCAUUUUGAAUACUAAGCGAUAUUUUAUUGUAUUUCAACAUUCAUCAUGCAGUUGAAAAUUUACAUUUUAUUUUCACGAACAUCCAAAGAAAAUACCAGUAGGCCUAUAUCAUAUGAAUAUUAAUAUACAUGGUCGUAUUUCAAUCAUCUUGCUUUCACUAUGCAUUGGCAAAAUUUACACACGAUAUCUAGGGUUCAUUCACAGCGCUCAUUCUCACAGCAAAUCUUUUGAAAACACCAUGAUUUUAGAAACGUACGUUGCGGUAGCAAACUGUAUAGCAAAGCGAUAGGUCUGCGUUUACCCUGUUCAUAACGGAAUUUGUUUCCAGAAUGGCAUGUCUUGUGCUAUUCUCAGGGUAAAACACGACGUUGUCUCACAGAAAUCAUUGCACAAUGUGCUUCGGACAAGAUUUGCACUAUUUCAAAAUUUUGUUGUUGUUUUUUGUUAAGAAAUCGAUCCGUGCCAGGGGGUGGGGGUGAGUUAUGGGCAGAGGCUCAACCAAAAUGGGGGGCCCACACAAAUCACGGCUCUGGAUAAGGAUAAGGGUUGUCUACAAAGGGAUGUUUGCACAACAAACUUACCUUUUGCAUACCCUCCCCCAACCCGAGGGGGAGGGAGGGUGUUUGCUGAUAUCCACCUGCAUUUUUUAGUAAUGUGUAAUGCUAAUGUAAAACUAAAUCAAUGAUAUUUAAUUAUUGUUAAAAGCUUUAAAAAAUCACUGCAGUGUUUCGUAUUUAUCAUCAUACCGUUGUUUUGUGUUGACAAUCGCUUAAUAUCACAAUGACAAUGCCUUGGACAACUUUAACUUCACGAUCAAUGUUUGUGAUUCUCUGCCUGUAAUUUAUUUGUAGCGUAAUUAUAUCUUGAAGUUAAUAAAAUAGAUACACUGGCUACCCAUUCAUUUUUACACCAUGCCCCGAGGGAUGACAUACAAUGUUAUUAUAAUGCAUUAUAAUGCCCCCCCCCCCCAACCCUAAAAGAAAACAAAAACAAACUAGUGGGAGGGGGAAUUGAUUUCAAAUUAGAUAACCUUUUUAGGCCUAUUAAGAUUCACAAUCAUAGGAUAAAACUUACAAUAAUUAAUAAAUAUAUUUGUAUAUAUGGGGGAAAAUAAAGUGCUCAACUUUAAAAAUAAAUCAUGGUUUAGCAUACACCCCCAACCCCCCUCCUUUCCAAUAAAUACUAAGAAAUGCUUUUCUCUUUACAAGUACUUUGCCACAAAAGUGUGGAACUUACCCAAUAUCUUCCUCCCAAGGUAUUAAAUUAUUUUUAAAUAAAUAGUUUUCACUUUAACAAGAGUAUAACAUUAAAUCUACAAGUACUGGUUAGGCCUAAAAGUUAAAGACUCGCAAAUACCAAGGUUUUGCUGCUUUAAAUCGCUGCGGUGUACGCAGGCCACAACCAAAGAUUUAGCUAGGUACACCCUGAAUUUUGGGGGAAAAUAAUUUUAGGUUUAGAUCGGGAAGAGUUAAAGUUAAAGCCGUUAUCAGCAACCUGUGACUCCAGGCCAGUACCUGCAUUUUGAAAGAAUAGAUGCAGCUCUUUGUUUUACUAAUCUGUAAUCAUUAUAACAAUGACAUUCAAACAAGCCACUGCUGCCCCCGGCUACUAUUAUAGUUCCUUCACAAAUUUUAUUUAUCAAAAUGGCUCCUCACUCAAAAUAGGUUGCAUACAUAUGACUUCUACUUAUACCCACUGACCCAGCAAAGUAUAAAGUAGCCCAAAAGUGUAUUGGGUUAAUAGGAUGGGAGCAAACUAUGUCAAGUUGUCUUUUAAGUCAUUAGCCCAACCGGAGCAUAGCAUAAGGUUAUUACUACUUACUAAGUCCUUAUAAUUAAAAGGUUAUUACUUUGAUCCACAUAUUCUACUUGAUUAAUUUUUUUCCUUUCUCAGGUUUUCACUGAUGGUAUCACCAACAAGCUGAUGGGAUGCCAUGCAGGAAAUGAUAGGAAUGAUGUGGUUUUAGUGCGGAUCAACGGAAUUGGUUCAGACAUCAUUAUUAACAGAGACGAAGAACAGUUAACAUUCCAAUGCCUUAGUGAGGCCAACUGUGCUCCGCCUAUUUAUUGUGUUUUUGAUAAUGGCAUGGCUUAUGGGUAUUUCCCUGGAAAGACGUUAGAUAAACAAACUGUUAGAGAACCCAAUAUCCAAAAGUGAGGUGAUUUUUAAUUUAAUGAAAUAAAAUUUAUUUUAUGUCAUUUUGUUGAGAUUUAACUCUUUGACAGUACCAUGCCUUUACAAAAUCUGAUUUUCGUUAAAUUCUGACUCUGGAACAUAUCGGUGGGCUACACAAUAAGUUAAUGAGAUAGAACUUUGGAGUUUAAUAUACUAUACUUGAAGAAUGAAUGAAAACAAUACUGCUCCAAAAAAGAAAAAAAUCACAAACUAUUCCUUAAAUGGGUUAAAUAACAAUUUUUAUUAUUUUUUUCAUUCUGUUUUAAAAUUUACUUAGACUUUAAAUUUUGAAAUUUCAAUCCAUCUCAUCAAUUCCAUGCUGGAGGUAAUAUAAUAUCAUAAAUAACUUUUUUUUCUGUGCAAAAUUAUAGGCUUAUAGCAGAAGAGCUUGUUCGAUUGCACAGUGUCAGAGGCCCAGGUGGGCCAGUACCAUCACAGUUUAACCACAGAGUUCUAACUUGGCUAGAUGCGGUUCCAACACAUUUUAAAGAUCCCUCUAUUCAGGAGGUGUAAGUGGUUCUGAUUUAUUUUAAUUAAUCAUUAAAAUCUCUGGUUUAUUAUAUGCACUAACAUUAAGCUUCCCUUCUCAAAACAAAACAACUUAAAUUAUAACAAUGGUUUAAAAAAUAUAUUAGAGACUAUAAAAAAGAAAUUUCUGUGUCAGUCUGUUAUUAACUAUCAUCUGAAGAACACCUUUUUUAACACCCCCAAUACAGUUUUCUUUGCAAAUGUGUCAUUGUAGUCUUGACUUAAAAGAUGUUUUGAAAACUGUAAGAAGACUAAAAAAAAAAAUCAACAAAUAUUAUUGAUUUAAAUUUAAAAUACUUUCCAACUUCCUAUGUGUUACUAGUAUAUACCUUAACUUUUUAUUUUUGGGGUUAAUCAUUUAUAAAAUAUAAUUCAACACAUUUUUAUAAACAGAUUUGAAAAAAAAAUUCCAACACACCAAGACUUAAAGACGGAAUUGAAGGAAAUCACGAAAGCAUUAGAUGCUUUGGACAUGAAAAGUGUUUUCAGCCAUAACGACCUUUUACUAAAAAAUAUAAUCUACGAUGACCGUGAAGGUAAACAGAAGAUAUUUAAAAACAAAUCUAAUGUUUACAUUUGAAGUUAUUCAAACAACUUUGCACACCCAAAUGACUUGAAGUUGAAGGAAAAUCUAGUUUUAAAAUUAGUACUGCAGUAACAAAAGCUGGGUUUAAUAAAAAAAAAACUAUUAAAAUCAUACCAAUCAUGAAAUUAAAUGCAUUAAUAUUGUUUCGGCAGGCAAAAUCCACUUCAUUGACUAUGAAUAUGCUUUUUACAAUUAUGAAGCAUUUGAUAUUGGAGAUCAUUUUGCAGAAUAUGCAGGUAAUUUUCAUAUUUGAUGUACUGAAACACAUUCAUAAUUACUGUUAAUUAAUGUUCUUCAAACAACAUGACUAGGUAUACAAUUUCAACGGUCUUAGAAACAUGAACCUUUAAGUUUAAGAAUGUUCACUUUGAUAAUACCUAAGAAAGAAAUGUCCUUAAAGUUAAAAAUACAUGGGUAGUUAUUUGUUAAACUUAAAAUAUUGCAACCCUUCACAAAGCUUUUUUUAACUGUUUUUAUAUGUUAUCUGUUUUUAUAUGAUAAAAUUUUAAUAAAAAUAUCAGGCAUGGUGGACGUUGACUAUGACUUGUAUCCCAGGAAAGAUGAACAGUUACCAUGGCUGCGUCAUUAUCUAGAAACAAAGGCGGCAAGAGAAGGAAGAUCACCUGACAGUGUUCAGGAUAGGGAUGUUGAAAUUUUGUACAUUCAGACUAACAAGUGUGCAUGUGUAAGUAUUGCAUCACUACUUGAAAGUCUCACCUUGUUACAUUUGGCUUGCUAUGAUUUUAACUUAUUAUUUUUUAUAAUUUACUUACAUACUUUACUACAGCAACAUAACUCCUCUAAGUCAAAUGAUCACCUCACUAAAUUAAUAAUAAUAAAUGAAUGGAUAUGAGCCUGCAAUGAGGCUUAAAGUUGCAUAUAAUUCAACAUUCUUGUUGCAUCAGUUUAGUAAUAAUGGUGAUGUGCUAAUUCUUAGAAAAUUAAUAAUCAUAAUAAAGGAUUAAUUAAUUUAAUUUUAAUAUGAUCUUAAACUAAACAUACAUUUUAAAAAAAAACCCUGAUCAAAAUUCAUAGUAAAGUUUAUUUUGAGAUUGAUGACUUACAUCAUGUACACUGUAAGUUCUGUAAGUGUAAGAUUUAGAAGCAUUGUAAGAAAUUUAUUUUUAUAUUAAAGAGUGUUGUGAAGAAAGUAAAUUUUAGCCAAAAUUUUACAGAUGUUUUAUUAAGUUUUAUUGAUUUGCAGUUGUGUAUUAAAACUCAAGCUGUGAAUUUAUUUCUUGAGCCAAUCACCACUUUAAAUGUGGCCACUUUGGGUGACAUGAAACUGCUUUAAUAUUCAAAGACAGGUUAAUUUAUCGAAUUGAUCACUUUCAUUUGUAGGCAGCUCAUUUCUUAUGGGGUGUUUGGUCUCUCAUUCAAGCUCAACAUUCCAUCAUUGACUUCGACUAUGUUGGGUAAGUCGUGAAAUUUUAUCAGUUGACCCAUCAAUCAAAUGCAAGUAAAAAUAUUGGUUUUUAAAAUGCUAUAUUGAUAAUUUCAGUACUGUCUUUGCCAAUGUGAAUUUAUUCAUAUUCUUUGGGCAUGGUUAGCUUUAUUCAACACCUAUUGAAUGAGACACGUUUUUUAAAGGCUCUGGCAGAAUGGUCUAUGUUUUGUGAUAUCUUCUUCUUCUAUAUCUUAAGGGCCCACGAUCAAUUUUUUGAUCAUUUUGGCUCCUAUGCAUGUAGAUGGGAUUUGCGAUGUUUCUGCUACUGGUGUUGAUGAGGAAAUCAUGCACUAGGGGUUUGAAGGCUUGAGGCAAUAGACACAAAUGUGUCUAGUGUUGUCGCCUCAACCGUUCCUUUUGAAAGAUUGUUCCAGUCCCUGAUUGUCUUGGGGAGGAAUGAGCAGCUCCUAUACUGGCUUUCAGAUUGUUUCAGAUUUUGCAUCAGUUUUGCAAUGAUUUUUUUUUUUUUUAAAUGGAGUUUUAAAAAAAAAUGAGUUCACUAAUAAAGCUCUGUCAUGGUACUUGAUUAAUAGACUUUUACAAAACCUUGUUUUCUUAAAAUUUAAGAAAUUGAUUUAUUUAAAUUUUUGUUAAAAAUCAUUUAUUAUUUUUUGCAGCUAUGCAAGCACUCGUUUCAAAGAAUAUUUCAGAAGAAAGGAAGAGUUUUUCACACUUGACAUUGGACAUAUAUAAAUAAUUACAAUUUUUUGGUAUGGUAGCCAAUGAUCAUUUUAAGAAAUAUUUAACUUACAGUUACAUUGUUAACAGAUUCAUGUUUCUUAUUUUUAUUUUUUUGGUGACUGGAUUAUUUGCUUUUCGCUUAAAUGAGCAGUAACUUUUAACAGAAAUUUUGUUUGUUUACAAAAUGGGUUAAUCACUAUUUACAAACAGAUUUUAUUUUUACUAUUUUUUUGUGCAAACUAAUAUGGUUUUUUAUAUAAAUUUGUCUUUAUUUUUACAGUAAAAUGCAGACGUGCCAAAUUAUUGUCAUUUGAUAGAAUUUUUUCUUAUCUUAAUCAUGGCAGUAACUCAAACUUGACCAAUUUUCAGAAUCAUAAAUGUUGCGUGAGAAGAGGGCACAGUUGUUACCUGAGCACUCUCCUUUUAGAUACAUGUAUUUGAAUAUGGUAAAAAAAACAUGUUACAUUAUCUCUAUUAUGCCUGAAUUAUUCACUGCUAUCACUAAAUUAAUAAUAGUAAUGCUUACCUAGUGAUCUUCAAAAUCACCAUAUGUAUUACUUUAAUACACCCACCUCCACCCUCUGAUGUAAUAUUUAUACACUCAAUUACAAUACUCUAACCUUGUUAAGUGAUAUUAAUAUGAGCCAUCUUGGCUUAAGUUACUCUGGAUGUCAAUAAUAUUAAUUUUUUUAGGAAUAUUUCUAUACUAAUUAGUGUGAAUUUAAACACCUUUAUGCUCUUCUAUCAAAUAUAGAUCUAUAUUUAGUGAGAAAGGUGGGUAGCAAGAGAGUGGCUAAAAUAUACAUUUGUAUGCCCUGUUUGAUUGAGAAUGAUGUGAUGUAUGUGUAGUUGGUUUUUAUUUCUAUUACUUUGGGUAACUAUCAAACACUUUUCAUUUAUAUUAUCAUUUAACUGUUAAGAAUAGUUUUAUUGUGUCAAGUAUUGAGAGUUACUUCUAUCUGUCCAUUUGAUAUGGUCAUGUGGCUCUUGUAUGAUAGGGGGGCUGUGCUGGGUAAGAAAACUUUAUAGGUUUCAGGGCUAACAAUCAACUUAAAGGCCUAAUAUUUGUACUGAAGUCGAGGAAGAUUAAGCAACCCAUAAAAACAUAGUUUUUCACAUGAAUCUUUAAAAAAAUGUAAAAUGGAACAAUGAGGGAUGGGACUGAAAAUUCGACAAAACAUGCAUACAAGAAACCCAUUUUAAUUAAUCCCAAUUGGUGCUCCAACCCCCAAGGCUCGCAACCGCAAAUUUUUUCCAUGCCCCUGAGCUAUAUAUUAAUUUUCUAAUGACCCACCCGCUUUUAAACCACAGAUUUAUGUCACCAACUAUUUCAGAAAAACGCAUUUGCUGUGUUUUUAAAAAAAAAGAAUCUCACUUAACGCAGUUAAUUGGGAAUUUUCCUUCAUGGUCCUCUUGAAAAACAAAUUUUUUGGGGGUUGUGACUGAAUAUUUGAAAGAAUGUGGUCAUUUGCAACGAGUAGAUAUGCAAAGUUUCAGCUGGAUAGGUUGACUGGAAAUGGGUCAGUUAGCCUUCCGAAUAUUUUGCCAGCCUGCCAUCCACUAAUCAUAGCAAAGUUAACAUAAGUUAUUUAAAAAGAACAAUAGAUAAUACAUUUUCUAAUAUAUCUCCCCCUUUAGAACUCAAUUCUCUCUACACCUUUUGGCUUGAACAGAAAAUGUGUCUUCAAGCUAGGCAUAUCAAGUUUUUUGUGUAAAUUUUUAAACAAAAGCUAAAUAUAAAUAUUUUUAUAAUGAAACAUUGAUUCCAUUAUUGACAGUAACUUAACAAAGACCAGAAACAAAUUUAACUUUAAUAAAAAUCUUUAUCUUUUUUUAUAAACACAACAAAACAGAAUGAAAUAUAUACACUCUUGUGCUUGGAAAAAAUAUCUACAGCAUCAUAAAAAAACUAUCUACAU